AUGGCCGAUGAUGAUGGUCCAGAAACCUUUCCUGUCUUCGAUCCCGACGUUGCUGUGGAUUCCUCCAGUAGCUCUGUUUCGGGGGAGCCUUUCCGUCGGCGCCACCGUCGUAGCCGUGCUUCGGUCACCCAAGAAGAUCUGGAGCAGUUUCGCGCCGGUUACUUAGGGGUCAGCCGUGAAACUUUACGCGACAUCCAAGUUCAACGCGAAGCACGGGAACAGCUUCCAGUACUUGACGCCGCAUUGGCUAACCUGACUAUGUCUGCUUCAACCAACACUUCCAACAACGCAAAUAUCCCGAGCACUGGUCCUAGCACCGGCCCCGCGUUUUCUGGUCUCUUCGACAACGCUGGUAGCCACAACAGCGCCAAUAUGCCAAAUAUUCCGCGCCCAAGCCCAGGCUCUUCUGCAGGCAACCCUCACGCCGCUCCGAACGGUAUGGCUGGCGGAAUGGCGGACAUGAACUCAGGAAUGCCUAUGAAUGCUGGACAAGAAAUGGAUCUCAAUUAUGUCUAUCAAAUGAUCACUGAGUUGAGUGAGGUCCUCGCCCACAAUCGCGACACCACUAGAAACAUUAUUCGGGCCAGUGAGGAAAUUGCACGACGCGCCGCCGCCGAGGGUACUCUUCCCAGCUUGCAAAACGUCAAUGGAGAGCUCACUUCUGCUCGCAUCGCGGACCUUGAGAACGAAGUCGCCAAGCAGAAACGGAUUAUCGAUAUCUUGAAAUAUGAGCAGGACGAGAACAUGAAACUUAUUGGAGAGUACGAGGAUGCCGUCGGAACUAUGACUGAACAGAUUCGCACCUACUGUUGCAACAUCAAUGACCAUUUCCUGGCCCAGAAAAGUCACUAUAACAAAAUCCUCCAGGAUGAAAAAGACGCCCAUCUUGAGAGCCGUUUGGAGAAGGACUACUGGCAUGCUCAAACUUUGCGAUGUUCAGAAAUGAUCCGUACCGCCUAUCGUAUGCGCUGUGAGGAGGACGAGCUUCCUAUCCGUAUCGUCGCUGGCCUCCAGAACGAGGUGCGCGCCCUUCGUAACGCCCUUGGUAUGGAACCCGAAAAGCCCGAGCGGGAAUAUGGUUGGGAAAUUCUCAAGAAUGUUCCAGGUGGCAGUGAAUAA